AUGUCGGCCUCUGUGAAGCGACAAAUGCAGAGAGGUUAUUUCCCUGAUGCUCGUCCAGGAGCAGUAGUAGCAGUAGAUCCUCCAACACCAACAUGGGCUAAAGGGAGGAGGAGUAUCGCUGAGAUGAUGGAGACAAACGAUGUGAUGUCCCCUAUAGCUGGCGAGAAGGGAGGGGCCAUGGAAGUAGACGUGCGAAGGGCAGUUGGUGAGGGCGUGGUUAAACGGCUGAGGAGUUUAGAGUCGCCGCCUAGAUUCGAUGACCAGUAUCCGAUCUCGGAGUACGAUGAGGGAGCUGAUGAGCAUUCUGAGGAUGCGAGAGGGAAGGUGGCUUGUGACAAAAAUCUUGGCAGUGCGUAG